CAGGAGAAAUGUCUAUGGUGAGUAGGAUUAGACGACGAAGCACAAAAGAUAUUCCUGCAGGUUCCCCACUACUUGAACAAUCUCAAUUCCUGGAGGUUCCAAACUCUGGCCGAAGGCAAGGUUCUGGUUCUCAAGGUAGCAAGGGAAGCAGAGGGAGCAGAAAUACAGUUUAUGGUUCCACGGCGGGUUCCUCGAAAUAUCAUUCAGUUUCUUCGGUCCAUGGAGUUCCAUCCCAGGAACUUCAUCCAGGCAGACGAAGUUCCAUUGGUAGACAAGGUUCCAUUGGUCCACAGGGUUCCAUUGGGAGACAAGGUUCCAUUGGUCCACAGGGUUCCAUUGGGAGACAAGGUUCCAUUGGUCCAGAGGGUUCCAUUGGGAGACAAGAUUCUAUUGGGAGUGGUGGAGGCUCUCAGCAUGAUUCAUAUAGGAUGGAGGCUGAAGAUGGUCCCAGAGAAGAGGGAAUUCCAAGAAACAACACAACUAGGAACAGAACUGCAUGUGCAGGAAUCCUUGUUUUUGCAGUCAUCAUUAUCAUUGGAUUUAUCAUCAUUGGCGUGAAGUUUCAAGAGUCUAACUUGGUUGGAGAAGCUAAAGAUGAAAAACUCUCUGGUGCAGAGAAUUUGUCUGGCGUAUUUGGUGAAACAACUUUGAACUUAGUGACAACAACGGAUUCUCCACUUACAACAACUGAAAAUGCUAAAUCUGCUUCAUCUUGGGUUAGUGAUUCUUCAGGAACAUUUUGGCACAAAGUUGAAGGUAAAGAAGACUCUGACGUUGUCAAUGACCCGAAGGAAGCUAAUGAUGAUGAUAUUAAAGCAACUAAAGCUGCAAGGAUAUCUGAUGGACCCUCUAAGGAUCAAACUGAAACUUCCGCUUAUCCGCUUCCAAAGAAUUUGGAUGCUGUGAAUGUGUGUAUCCAGUUGAAGAAUAUCCUCCUUAGCUCUGUCAGUGUUACUAAUAGAGCCAUCGUUGAGCAAUUCGACUGCUCAUCACUAAAAGGAAAUGUUGUCCCCUCGGGUGCUGGUUCUAAAGCCUUUCUUGAUUUGAUGCAGUCUAGUGAGGAUAUUAAGUCCCUCCUAGAAGCCCAGGGAGUUCUUGACAAAUCAUCAAUUCUCAACCUUUACUUUGCCAACCUCAUCUCAGGGAAGGUUGGAACCAGCUUUAAGGAUGUAAAAGCGGCUCUUGAAGGCGUAAAUAAUGUAGCUCUGGGAGGAACAAGCAUUCCUGAAGUUCUAGUGCAACAGGAGAUUGAUCCAUUGCCACGUCAAAUCAUCAUUGCUCUUCUCCAUACUAAUGCUAGUGAAGCUUCUAAGCACAGAGAUCCUUCUUCAGAAGAUCUAUCCUGGGAUGAUCAACUAUCAAAUUCUGAUAGAAGAUCUGGAGGAAAAAUUGUUUACUGUGAUCCACAGAGAGAGCUAAGGAGUAGGGAUAAAACUCAAUGCUAUCCAGUUGAGAAACAUUGUGACUUCAAGGUGGAUUGUGACGACUUUUCUGAUGAAGAUAGUUGCUCGUGUACCGACCGUCUAAUUGAUGCUAGGUUCUGUGAUGGGUAUGCAGACUGUAGGUUUGGAGAAGAUGAAGAGAUCUGUGGUUGUCCACUAGAUAAAUCAUUCUUCUGUAGGCCAGAGGAAAUAUCAGGGGAUCCAGAGUGUAUUAAUCGGGAGCUUGCUUGUGAUGGUGUGACUGAUUGUUCCAAUGGAAGGGAUGAGGAUGGAUGUUUAUCAAUCUACCCAGAGAACACAGAUAUUCGGAAUUUUAAACCGGCAUAUUCAGACCUCACAGGAAUUCUGAGUAUACGGUCUGGAAAUGAAUACAAAUACCUGGCUCUCACAGAAUCUGAUUCCACAGGACUACAAAAUCUUGGAGAUAGGGCGUGUGCAGGUUUCAAAGAGCUUGAUGUGGCUUCAGUUACUGUUGUAAAAUCUUUCGUAGACCCAAUUUAUGUGGUUUCUCUUACUAAUUUUCCAAAACCAAACGAAAGGCUCAGAGUAGGAGCUGCAAAAGGUUCUGAAACCGGUUUUAACCUUGUAAAAGUUGAAUGCAAACUUCUAUCUUGCAGUGAUCAAGUCACCAGAGUUAAAAGAAUAUUUAGGGCUCAUGAAAUGAAUGAAACGUCCUUUUUUCUUCCAUCCAAAGAGAUCGCUGAGAUGGUUGAGAGUGGAGAACUGGGCAUGCCUGUGAGUUCUGAGCCAAAGAUAGUUGGAGGAAUUAUCUCCUAUAUUGAUGAGCUACCUGCCACUAUAGCUAUUUAUAGGAACUCUGAAUUCAUUUGCGGAGGAGCGAUCAUCUCUCCAAAUUACAUUUUAACUGCUGGCCACUGUUUGUUUAAGUUUGAGGAUAAAAUGCAUUACAGGAUUCGCGCUGGAAUGCAAAGGAAGCAGUCCCAAUCCUCCUGGGAACAAUGGAGAGAUAUUGUGGAAGUAGUGGUUCAUCCAAUGUAUGACAACAUAUUUCUCCGGCAUGAUAUCUCUAUUGGCAAACUAAACCAUCCUCUUCACUUCAAAAAAUAUNUUCAGGAAGAACUUGAACUAUUAAUUAUCUAA